AAAGUAAAACCUUAAGUCUUUCUUAAACCCUACAAACCUCAGAAGAAUACCGUCUCUCUCCGCCAUGGCAACCACGGCGGACGACAGCCAAAGUGCUGACGGCGUUAAGGCUCUCCGGCGGCUCAAAUCCACUGACGCACCUCUCUAUCUCUCAGCAUCACCGGACCUUUCUGAAGCAGCUCGAUUAGCCUCCAAGUACCUAUACUCUUCUCUCAAACCCUACACCCCGAAGUCACCUUUCGCUCAACUCUUGACGGAUGGUUUUGAUGCUGAGCAAAUAUGGCAGCAAAUUGACUUCCAAUCUGAGCCCUUACUUUCCUCUCUCCGUCGCCAAAUCAGACAAUUUGAGAAGAAUCCUGAGGAAAUUUCAAAGCUUUUCAAUUUAGUUGAAGAAAAGAAGAGGGACAAAGAGGAAUUGGCAGUAGAAGAAGGAGAAAGUGAGGACUUUAAGGAUGUAGCUAUGGAUGAUUUUGAUGACGAGGAUGAUGUGGAUGAUGACGAUGAAGAAGAAGAGGAGGAUGAUGAUGAUGAGGAGGGUGAUGAUGGUGAGAAGAGCGAAGACGGGGAGGAGGAGAAUGGAGGGGUAAAAGGGGGACUGGAAGAUAAGUUUUUCAAGGUAAACCAGUUGGAAGAGUAUAUGGAGGCUGAUGAGGCAAGGGAAUAUGGCUUGAAGAAGAAGACUAAGAGGACAAGGAGCAAGGACGAAGAGGAGGAGGAUGAAGAAGCUGACGAGGACGAGGACGAGGACGAGCUUGGAUUUAUGGGCCUCGACGAUGAUGAAGAUGAUGAAAAUGGAGGAACCGAAAGUGCUAGAUAUGAGGACUUCUUUGGUUCAAACAAGGGUAUUGGACGGAAGAAAAAUGUCAAAUCAUCUGAUCUAUCAGAUGGCCUGGGAAUGGAUGAUGACAUGAGUGAUGAUAAUGAUGACAAUCAGAAGAAGAAAAGCCUUUCUACCCAUGAAAAGGAGCUUGUAAAACUCCGAUCUACAAUUGAGGAAAUGGAGAAAGCAAACUUGGAAGAGAAGGCCUGGACUAUGCAAGGAGAAGUAACUGCUGCAAGAAGGCCAAAGAAUAGUGCAUUGGAAGUUGAUCUGGAUUUCGAGCACAAUGUGAGACCUGCCCCUGUAAUUACUGAAGAGGUUACUGCAUCACUUGAAGAACUAAUUCAGAAACGUAUUGUAGAGGGUCGGUUUGAUGACGUUCAGAAGCCUCCUAGCUUGCCAUCCAGAGCACCGAGAGAAACAAAAGAAUUGGAUGACAAUAAAAGCAAAAAGGGCCUUGCCGAAAUUUAUGAGGAGGAAUAUGUCCAGAAAACUGGUCUUGUAUCAACAGCAUUAUCCUUCUCAGAUGAGCAGAAGAAAGAGGCCACUUUGCUGUUUAAGAAACUGUGCUUGAAGUUGGAUGCUUUGUCUCAUUUCCACUUCACUCCAAAACCGGUCAUAGAAGAUAUGUCUGUACAAGCAAAUGUCCCAGCACUUGCAAUGGAAGAGAUUGCACCUGUGGCAGUCUCUGAUGCAGCUAUGCUGGCUCCCGAGGAAGUAUUUUCUGGCAAAGGAGAUGUUAAAGAAGAAACAGAGUUGACACAAGCAGAGAGAAAAAGGAGGAGAGCAAAGAAGAAAAGGAAAUUUAAAGCUGAAUCAUCAAAAAGGACGGUCAAGGCGGCACCCCAAAAUACAUUGUCUGAUGAUGUUGAGAGGAAUGAGAAGUCAUAAUGUGUACCAGGACUGAAUCUGAAUGGUGCUGCCCCUCACUCAAGCAAUUGAGAUAACAAUUUUGGCACGGGAGGGCUUCUGCGUCCUUGCUCACCCGCGCGGAGCUACAUCCCCAUAGAAAACACUUUAGUGUCCAUUGUGAACACGAACUGGUGUCCUUAGGAAAAGUAGGUGGCAUCAUUUUUAUGGUAAUUUGACAUACAGAUGAUAGGAAGAAAUGUCAUUACUGGCCCAAGCUUUUGUUGAGAAGAACGAGUUACCUCGCAGGAAAGAGAACUUCAUAAUUAUGUAAUGUAUUUUUGCCCAACAGCUUUUGAAAUGUAAAGAGUUGGAUUUUUGGGUGAUAAAAAUGUCUCAUGUUUCUUUCA